AUGUCGCCUGAGAUCGGAAAAUUCAACAGGAUUCGUUGCAUUGUAAGGAUCAGUCAGAUGCUUCGACAAUGGAAGAAAAGAGCUAUAUCUUCUUCAUCUAGACGCAUAGCUUCUGAUAUACCUGCCGGACACGUAGCGAUCUCGGUAGGCAGUAAUUGCCGGAGAUUCGUGGUGCGAGCAAAGUAUUUGAAUCAUCCGAUUUUCAGGAAGCUACUGAGUCAAGCGGAGGAAGAAUAUGGUUUCUCUAACCAUGGCACUUUGGCUAUACCUUGCGAUGAGUUUUUAUUCGAGGAGAUCCUUAGGUUCGUCUCUCGAUCUGGAUCCAGUAAUUGGAAUUGUUCGUUAAAUAUCGAUGAUUUUCAGAAAUCAUGCCAUGCAAGGUACAGGAAUAGUAUGGAGAAUUUUGGUGAAUCUCGAGCGUUACUGGGUGGAUCUACUGAAAAAUCAGUGUGUUAAAAAAACAUUUGAGUUUAAUUUUAGGAGUAGAAAAUUUGUGAUGUUGCAGAUGGAGAUGGCGAAAAAAGAAUUGAGUC